AUGGCUCCGCUAGUGAACACCCUUACUUCACUGGUCCUCGGGGCUGGUGUCGUCCAAGCCCAGCUCUGGGACAAGGUGAUACAAACCUCCUACGGUCCCGUUGAGGGAUACCAAUACUUCAACCAAUCGACCUUGGACGCGUACUUUAACGGCGCCGAAUCCAACGUUGCCGCUUUCUUGGGCAUCCCUUUCGCCGCUGAUACCGGAUAUCAGAACCGUUGGAAGGCCCCUCAGCCCCGUGAAGUAUGGAACGAGACUCUGAAAGCCACCAAGUUCGGCCCUGCCUGUCCCACAUCCUCUCAGUCGUACAUCAGCGAGGAUUGUCUGAGCCUCAACAUCUGGACCAACGCCAAGACUUCCAAUGCUAAGCUCCCCGUGAUGGUUUGGAACCAGGGCUCUGACGAGACCAGUGACAAUACUUGGUGGCAUGGAGGUGGCAUGGCCCUGAAGGACGUGAUCCUCGUCAGCUUCAAUCGUCGUGAUGACGCCUUCGGCUAUCUUGCUAGCCCUGAGCUCAACGAGGAAGGUUACAAAACCACUGGCCAUGAAACCUCUGGAAACUAUGGUAUCCUGGAUCAGUUGGAGGUCCUCAAGUGGGUGCAAAAGAACAUUGCCAAGUUUGGCGGUGAUCCUGACCGUGUUACCAUUGCCGGUCAGUCCUUUGGCUCUUCUCAGGUGUACCACGCAGUCAACAGUCCUCUCUUCACUGGCUACUUCACUGGUGGUAUCUCGCAGUCUGGGAUCAGAUACCCCUAUGACACCAUGCUGGCCGGUCUGGCCACUUCCUACGUCAACAUGUCCACUGCUAUCUCCAACAGUGCCGCCUACAUCAAGUCUCACAACGUUUCCACCAUCGCGGAAAUGCGGACCCUGUCUAUGGAAAGCUUGAUUGACGGUGCUUCGGAUCGAGUCACCAAUAGCUCUAUCUGGUGGGUCACCGCGCUGUCCGCCGGUUACCCUCUGAUUUUCAAGCCCGUCCUUGACAACUACGUGCUUCCUUCCACCUACCUUGAGACAUUGAUCAAUGGGCCUGCCAACGAUGUCCCUGUUGUCACUGGUAACACCAAAGAUGAGUCUGGUGCCUCCACCACCACCGACUACACCGUGGCCGAAUAUGAAUACUACUGCGGACUCAAGUAUGGCAAUCUCUCCAGCGAGUACUUCAAGCUCUACCCGGACCACAACAAUGAAACCAUUGCCUCUCGCGCUUGGAACGCUGCCGCUCGCGAUCUCUCCCUCGUUGGCUCCUGGGCCUAUGCCACUGACUGGUACAAAUCGGCUACUUCGGACUUCUACACUUAUUACUGGACCCACGCGCCCCCCGGCCAGGACCAAGGAGCCUUCCACCAGUCUGAAAUUAUGUACGCGCUCAAUGCUCUCUACGCCAACGACGACACCUACCCAUUCACCGAGACCGAUUAUGAGAUUCAAGAGCAUAUGUCCGCCUACUGGGCCAAUUUCGCCAAGACCCUCAACCCUAACAACGGGGGCUCCUACAAUGGCAGCAAGACCCUGCCGCGGUGGAGCCCUAACAGUGCCAACGGUACUCAGGUUGUCAUGGAACUUGGUAACAAGUUCAAGAGUGUGCCCAUUGCUAAGCCCAAGCAAGUGAAGUUCAUGAUGGAUUAUUUCCACCAGCAGGUUCCAUACUAA